AUGAUUAAAAGUCAAGAAGAUGAAUUCAUUGCUGUGAGGGUUCAGGAUCCUCGCAUGGUGAAUGAAGGAUCAUGGAAUUCAUAUGUGGAUUUCAAAAUUUUCCUUCAUACUAACAGCAAAGCCUUUACAGCGAAAACAUCGUGUGUGCGCCGUCGAUACAGUGAGUUUGUGUGGCUGAAAAGGACACUGCAAAAGAAUGCUGGUCUGGUACCGGUUCCUGAGCUGCCUGGAAAGUCUUUCUUCACCUUCAACAACACGGACUUUAUUGAAAAGAGGAGAAUGGGUUUACAGCACUUCCUUGACAAGGUGGUCCACAUGACAGUGUGUCUGUCCGACAGUCAGCUCCAUUUAUUUCUGCAGACUCAACUUCCUCUCGGUCACAUUGAAGACUGCAUAAAAGGUCACACUCCUUAUAGCGUUACUGAUGCCAUUCUAACUUACGCCUCGUCCAAUCGUGGCUGGGCUCAGGAGGAGGAAGGUGGAGGACUGGAGUCAUGCCCAACACCAAUUUCUUAUGAAUCAGUUGAGAGCCCCCUUCCAGAUGUUUCCAUUUCACAAUAUGAGAAACCUCCACUUGAGCCAGUGACAACAGCUGCUGAAAUUAACUGUGUGGUGUUAAGAUUACAUCAGGAAGACGCCGCUGUACCUAAUGGAGCUCAUGGAGAUGACCAAGAGGGAACAGUAGAGGAUGGUAAGAGUUGUCAGCUAGUUGUGGAGCUCGACCAGCAAGUUCCCAUCAUUACAACCCAAAACACUAAAUCUGAUCUCAGCUUACCAGAUGAGAGAACACAAACACACAACAGCAUAGAGGACAUCAUUACAUACGACAGUGGAGAAUCACAACCUGCAGCAGAUACUUCACUGCCGAAAGCUGUAGCAACUAAUAAUAACUUUGUCACCAUUUUUUAA